AUGGCAACGGAAGUGGCGGCGCUGCCGGACGACGCCGUUGCCGGCGUCUUCCGUGCCUUGCCGUUGCGGAGCCUGGCCGUGGUCCGGUGCGUCUGCAAGGCGUGGCGCGACAUCAUCGACACCCGGUCGCUCCUGUUCCCGCAUCUCGUUCCGCGCUCCGUGCGAGGGAUCUUCAUAAACUACAUCGACCACGAGCGCCCGCACCACUUCUCCCGUCUCUGCUCGUCGUCGACGACUCCCAGAGUAGACGGCAUGCUCAGCUUCUUGCCCAACGCCGACAGCUGGAGCUCCUCAUGGUCGGUCCUGGACCACUGCAGCGGCCUCCUCCUCUGCGAUAUGGAGUGGAGCACCGAGCUCUGCGUGUGCAACCCCGCGACACGUCGGUGGACGGUGCUCCCCGGCCGGCAUGCAGAUGACAGAUGGCAUCGUCAUUAUGCCGGCGCGUACAUUGCGUUCGAUCCGGCUGCGUCGCCACACUACCAGGUUAUCUUGGUUCCCGACGUGCCGGAGGCGCCCUCUCGCGAGGACCGCCGGAAGGCGGAGAAGGAGCCCUUCUGCUUGGACUGA